AUGCCCCAGUGGGCUAAACCAGAGGAGAAGAGCCUCUACUAUGUCUCAACGGCUGAGGCCGGAGACGAGAAGAGCGCCGGCGCCGAGAUCCGCGAUGCGCGCGUCAUUGAGGACGCCGUCUUCGGCCAGGUCGGUGCUGACGGCAAGGGACCCAACUUCCGCGGCGUCGGUCUCGGCGGCACUUUCGUGCUCAUGACCAAGGCCAACGUCGGCUUGGGUAUCCUGCAGAUCCCCUUCGUCUUCCAGGCCAUCGGCAUUGUGCCCGGCAUCGUGCUGCUGAUCGGUAUGGCGAUUCUUGUCGCCUGGUGCGGCUCGUACAUUCAGCCCUUCAAGCUGAACCACCCCGAGGUGUACGGCUACGGCGACAUUGGCCAAGUGCUCUUCGGAAAGUGGGGACGCGAGAUCUUCUCCAUCAUCUUCGUCAUCAACUUUAUCUUUGUCUCGGCGUCGGCCAUGGUGGCCGUCUCGACGGCGCUGAACGCCGUCAGUGUCCAUGCCGCUUGUACCGCCAUCUUCAUGGUUGUCGCCGCCAUUGCGUGCUGGCUGCUCGCGUCUAUCAAGACGCUGGGAGACAUCACCUGGCUCGGCUGGGUCGGCAUGGUGUCCAUCCUCGCGUCCGUCAUCACGCUCACCGUCGCCGUGGGAAUCAACGACCGACCGGCCGAGGCGCCCCAGACCGGCCCCUGGGACAAGGACUUCAAGGUCGCCGCGUCGACCGAUGCGAUCGGCGGCAUUGGCGCGAUCACAAAUGUGCUGUAUGCCUACGCCGCGACGCUGUGCUACUGGGGCAUCAUCUCUGAGAUGAAGGAUCCGCGCAUGCACAACCGCAUGAUGUGCAUCAGUAUCGCCAUGUGCGCCGCGCUCUACAUCAUCAUCGGCAGUGUCGUGUACUGGUUCUGCGGACAGUAUGUCUCGUCGCCUGCGCUCGGCUCGGCUGGUGUCCUCAUGAAGCGCGUCUGCUACGGCCUCGCCAUCCCCGCCCUCCUCGUUUCGUGCUGCAUCUAUCUCCACCUCGCGUCCAAGUUCAUCUUCAUCCGUAUCCUCCAGGGCACCGAGCACAUCUCGCGCCCGACCAAGCGUCACUGGAUCACCUGGUUCGGAUGCACAAUCGGAGCGGGCGGUGUCGCGUACAUUCUGGGCAGUGCUAUUCCCACCUUCGACGCGAUCGUCGGCUUCAUCGGCUCCCUGCUCACGCCGCAAACGACUAUUCUCGUCUUCCCCCUCGUUUGGUGGCACGACAAUUGGCGCUACCGCCAGCGCGGCGACCGGAGCGUGCCCAUGAUGCUCCUGAACCUGUUCAUCUUCAUUGCGGGCCUCUUCUUCGUCGUCGGAGGCAUGUAUGCCGCCGUCACGAAUCUCAUCAACACGGCCGCUACCAAUGGGCCGUGGACGUGCGCGGACAACUCGGGCAGUGUCAAGGAGUAG